CAGGAGUCAUGAUGGGAGUUAACCUGUCAACAAAAUUAUCUGCACUGGCCAUUGUUUUACUUAUGGUGUCAGCUUGGCUAGUUGGAUGUGGCUGGAGAGAUGAUACAUGGCAAUUUCAAGUUUUGUUUAUUGGUCUUGGAGCUCUUUUCCUUUGCCUGUUCUGUUUAUGCCUUUAUCUUGCAACCCUCCCCUUGCCUGAACAUGACGACAUCAUCACCUUCUUUUGUCACAUCCUCUCUGCCACUGUUUCUUAUCUUCAUGGAUUGUCCUUCCUUCGCCUUGCCAUUCAUUCAUGGAAGAAUCCUCGGGCAAGUCAAGAGAAGUUCCUCCUCAAGCAUCUGAAAGACAAUGCCAACACGGAGUACGGCAAGAGAUUCAUGUUUGAGAAAGUGAAUUCUUGUGAGGACUUUCGGAAGCGGCAUCCUCUGAUCACCUAUGAGGAUUACAAACCUUACAUUGAACGCACCAUGGAGGGUGCUGCUAACGUCUUGAGUCCGAAAACCAUGGGUAGUUUUGUGAGGACCUCGGGAACCACGGGACCCUCAAAGUUCUUCGGUCACGCGGACAGGGCGGGAAUUCUGCGAGAAAGAUGGGAUGUCUUGUAUGCAAAUCUAUGUAACCUCUGUCCAAAGCUUCGCCUCAGUCAGAAGUGGCUGUAUCUGUAUGCUACCCCAGUCACGACCACUGCCAAAAACGGUGGGAGGAUCGAAACAGCUCUGACGUUACCGCCAUCUUGGGGACUUUACAAUUAUGCAACUCCAAAAGUUGGGUUCUCAAUCUCCUCUGUUGAGGCUUCAAAUUAUAUUCAUCUUCUAUUUGCCCUAAGAGAUCCUAGCGUAGGCAUUGUUUUCUCUCCAUUCAUCCUAAACAUUGAACACAUGAUGAAUCAGUUGGAACAGUCCUGGGAAUCCUUGGUCUGCGACAUCGAGCACGGAACCAUCAACGAUACGAUCAUCCUGGAAGACAGCAUCUUGGAUUCCUUGAUUAGACAACUUCAAGGUGGGAACAAAGAGCGGGCGGAGGAGCUUAGGAGGCUCUUCCAGCAGGGUUUUGAUGAUGGAAUCAUGAGACGAAUAUGGCCGCAUCUGGAAGUGAUCUUAGGGAUAGAUGGAGGAGUUUGGGCCUCUCUCAAGAGAAAGUAUGCAAAAGGAAUAUCCCUAGUAUGUGGAGGGUACGGUAGCUCUGAAACCCUGACGAUUGCUAUAUCUCCUUGGAUAUGGGAUGAAAGGCCACAGAUGGUUUUCUUAAAUUAUGCUGUGUUUCUUGAAUUCAUCAAACUUGAAGAUGUUGAUGAAAGUCAGCCCAGAACAUACUUAAUUGAUGAAGUGGAGGUUGGCGUGGAAUAUGAAGUUGUGGUCACACAGGCAAGCGGACUGUAUCGAUCAAGGCUGGGUGACAUCAUUCGAUUCGUCGGCUAUCAUCAUAGAUCUCCUUGCUUUGAGUUUCUUUACAGGCUUGGUCUGACUUUGAAUGUUCGAAACGAGAAGAUGAAUCAGAAGGUUUUGAAGGAUGCUCUCCAUGCCGCUGUUUCUUUUUGGUCUGGAACAAGACUAAUCGAAUAUGCUGUGGCAGAAAGCACACUCAUUCCAAUAUCGCAUCCAGCAUAUGUGGACAAGCUUAUACCAUAUUAUCUGGUGUUUUUAGAGCUGGACUUUACCUCUUCCCAGUUCACUCGUCAAGACACCACCAAUGAGCAUCUGCAGUUGGUUGACAAGGAACUAUGUGAUCGUAACAGUCUUUACAAAGACUUGCGUGACAGGGGUGGUAUUUCGCACCCACACGUGUACGUCCUAAAACCCGGAACGUUUGACAACCUGAAGAAAAUGGUGCUGAGAGACCAUAGGACCAGCGUUAAUCAGUAUAAAAUCAGGAGGAAACUGAGGAACCUAGAGAGUCUGCAGUUGAUGUUCGAUAAUGUAGAUGCUAAUAUUUAACCUCUUCAUUAUGAAUGCCAUGUUACUGCCGUGUCUGACACUAAAAAAUGGCUUCGACAGGUCAAUGGCCUUUCUGUCUCCCUACAUCCGCUACAUUUUCUUUUCAUUUCUUUUACAUUUCUUUCAUUUUCGUAUUGUUUAUAUUGUUAUUUAAGAUACCGGUAGUAUACUUUUAUUCAUUUCAUCCUUGUUUAUGUGAUUGUAUUUUUUGAAAGGAUGUUAAAUAAAUGAAUUGAAAUGCAUAGUCCAACCUCCAUCAGUCUGGCUCAACAUACCAAGCUGGGCACCAGGUAAGCAACUGAAAUUGAUCUGUUUGGAGGAGAUUUAAAGAUUUUUUUCUCUUUUGGGGGUUUCUCCUCCUCCACAGACGACUAGCCAUCUCUUACACAGUGUGAAGGAACUACAUGUAUGCCCCCUUCGGCUUAAUGUAGAAUUUUCCUAAAAACUAGUGUUUUGAUUUGUAGUGAUUCUUAAACAGUGCAAUUAAAAAACAAAAAAGAAAACUUGACACCUCACAAAUCCCCAAUUUAAGGGAAAAUAUCACAUGAGCACAUUAAUUAUUAUAUAUGACAAGAAAGAGUAUCUUCUCCCAAACAGUUUGAUUUGUAGUGAUUCUCAAACAGUGCAA